GUAACCGGGCGAACGAAGGGGGUUCUUCUCUAUCAGGAACAACGUCAACGCAAGACAGCGCAGCAUUUUCCGAGCGCGAGGCGAACGCCGCGACUCUGCUUCGCACGCCCUACAUCUUGCAGCACUUGACGGAAGCGCUGUUUUUGGUGAUUCGCUACAACCCCGUCUUGGCGAGGAAAAUCAUCGAUCUCAUCAAGCAAUUCGCUGUCUCAUCUUCCAGCGCAUCUACUUCAGCAAGCAAGCACUUGUCGUUGUCUCAGUCCGCUCUCUUCAGCCAGCUGGUCCGCGACUUCGAGCCCGAAAGAUCGUGGUAUUACCGCUCGCCUUUUUGGACGCACUACGAAGAUCAUGAUGCCGGUAAUAGUGCUUCUAACACGGAAGAAGGAAACAACGUGAACUCCUCCGCGGACAACUCCUUGAUGCUAAAACCCUGUCCUUGCGGCGGCGCGUUGAUUUACGGAUUGGUGAGCCUGCUUUUGUUGAAUCUCAGUGAGGAACAACUUCCCGUGACAACCUCCAUCUUGGUGCAAGAGCAAUUCGCAGGCGCAGAUUCCGACGCGGCGAACAACACCGGAAAUAUCAACAGUGCGACUACUUCAUCUCAGCAGCGUUCAGCAAAGCCGGUCCUGGCGAGUUCGCCCUGGAUGCCGGUUUCGCUGGUAUUUUCGACAGCAUCGGCAGACGGCACUUCCCCCUCCAACUACUUGCAGACCACUGCAUCUAACACGGAGGAAGAUGAAGCCUGUUUUUACGUGUUCAGGGAGUUCAUCCGUCUCCCGCUGCUGGAGUUGGUGCUAAACUUAUGUAAGGCCAAUGCCGACCUGCGGGAUUUUUUAACGCAGAGUUUUUUCAAAGAGGACCUGCAUGACUUCGACGACCAAAUGAUGUCGACUGCUGCGAUGGGAGGACAGGAUACUAGAGGAACACGUAGAUUCGGAGGCGGUGGCGUUGGGUCAGGAGGGAACAAAAAUCGCAGCAUGUUUCCGGUUGACGCCCGAUUGGACCAGGACCUGAAGAGGGUGCAGGAAGACGUGGGAAAGUUCCAGAACGCGCUGGAAAACUCCCUGGACGCCCUGGUCGCCGAAAUGGACGCCGACCUCGGACAACAGGUGCAGAAGAAGAAGGAGCGGCAACUACAGAAAGACUUCUUGCAGCAGAACGCCGUUCGCUGGCCCUUCGCCGGGAAGGUUGUUUGUGCGGUGUUGACGAAUACUAGCGCGAGCGGUGGAGCAGGAGGCCUUCAGGCCGCGCAACUAGUACAGGGUGGAACAGUAAAUGGGGCGAUGUGCUGUUCGGUGGAUCAGCUUCUCAUGGCGCACGAGUCGCAGCCGCAGGCAGAAAGUAUGUACUUCGCACUGCUGUUUCUGGAAACGCUGCUCCACACUGCUGGUCCUGCGAAUAGCUCAUCCACUGGUGGUCUUCACCACGAAGUAGACAAUGCGCCGUCGUCUACACCAGUCCAUCCACUGUCCACGGUUCCUCUCCGGACAAUACCAGGGCUCGUCGAGCGCAUUCCACUACUGGAGCUGUUUCUCCAGCUCUUCUUGCGGUUUUCCGCCAGUCUGUUGACGUCCGGACGGUUUCGGGAGCUGCUACAGGAACAUGGAGAGAUUCUGGACCAGCUGAUCGCAGAGGAGGCGGAAGGAGACCAGGCUGCAGGCAGUGCCUCUACUACAGCAGUCUCGAUUGUCGCAGGGGCGGUGCCGGUCACGCUGUCCAACCACUGUUCGGAGCUGACCACGCUGCUCGCUUCCCUCGAAGUGGUUUCCAUCUGGAGCCACAACUGCGCGGCGUUCCAGCAACAGAUUGCCGACCACAGCACCCUGGUUUGCAUCAGGGUGCUGGAACUUUUGCACCACUGCGCGCAGUUCUUGGAGGAGAAAGCAGGAAGCACAGGCAUGAUGGCAGGAGUGACAUCAACCAGCAGUCCAAGCAACGUAGGAGCGGCGACCAGGUCGUUCCAGCAGAGUAAUCUCAACGACGCUAGCUUAGCUAGUACACCCUCCACAGUGACUGCAAGAAACCUCCAGCUGCUGUUACAGUGUAUUCUGGUACAGUGGCUGCCCUUGUGUCCCGAGCUAUUGGAGCAACUUCUUUCUGGGAGCGGGGGUUCGACAGCUGCUGCCGCUGGAACAACCAUGGACAGGAGCUUCGCACAGAUCCACAGCGCCGUGAUGUCAAUCCGCCCACCAAGCUGCGCGCUGUUGAAGAACAGGGGAGGUAGUAGAGGUACCGCCAAGAAGGUGGCAAGUUCGGUCCAGGCCCAUGAUGCAAGGAUUGCAACCGGCGUGCGCGACCAGCAAUUGCUGAUGACGCGGGACUUUCGUUUUUUCCUGGUCGAGAAGCUGAAUUUGCCGAAGACGUUGGUGGGCAGCUACCUGAGAAAGAGGGAAAAUCGUGGGGGUCAAGCCGGUUCCUUGCAAAGUCAACCGAAGUCGGGGCGAGAGAACAAGAAUUACCAAAACGAAUCCCUGAUGAUGGUAGAGGAGUACAAGGACUCACUGCGCGCCAUGGAGGAAAACUGUCACCAAGUGAGGAAUGAAAAUCUGCAGCUCCGGAAGGAAAUAGACGCCAUCUACACGGAACUGCAGACACUGCGCAGUCGCAGUUUUGGGUUCACCCAACUCUACACUGUUCUUCAUCGACAUGGAACCACGAGCAGUGGUGGUUCCUCGCCAUCGGGGCGGAAGUCAAGAGCGAACAAUUUGAUGGCGCCGGACUUUUACAAUGCCAGUGGAGGCCGCACAGGAGCCGGAUUUUCGUCCGGGAAUGUGACGGUGAUUCACGACGACAAAGAAAAGACCAUCAACAGAAACCACUUGAACACCCUCCUCGCCGAUAGCAUGACCCCGGCCUUUCUGCUGUCCCAGUCGGAAAUGAAUCUGGGGCUUUUACGGGAAGAACUCGGGGAGAAAGAAAAGGAAAACCGGAAAUUGAAAAUGAAAAUUGACAAGUUGCAGGCGAAACUGGCCGCUAGUGUCCAGCAAGGCCAAGGGCAGCGGCAACACCUUCUUGAGCAGCAGCAGGCGGGAGCAGGUACUAACAAGACCCACAGCAACCAAGAGGAGCAGGAUUUUCGAGAUUUGUUGGAGCUCCUGCGAACUCUCGCGCACCAGCAUCCGAAAAUCGUUGAGAGUUUGCUUUUCGGAGGUCGGGAUGAAAAAAUGUCCACUUUGUCCGAAAAAAAACAGCAACAGCAUCAAGACGCAGAAGAGCGAAAGAGUUCGACACUGGCACAGAAGCUUUUUUCAACAUGAUCUGGGGAAGGACCAGAUUUGAGGACUACGAGAGUGCUCUGAUCAUGCCAUCGGUGGCUUGCGUAGCUGCAACGUGCCAGCAGUGUCGUGAAUAAACGCAAAGCUUCAUACAUACAUCGAUACAAGACCGCAAACGAGAGGGAGCUCGGCAAGCUCCCAAAUGGAAGCACUUGUUACAUGUACUUGCUAUGCCAAGUCAAGUGAAGCAUGACUACGAGCAAGGCGACUGACUACGUG